AUGGGAAAGUGUACGUUCCGAGUAGAGUGGCUGAAAAAGAUCGAUCCUAAUGGCUGCCAAGUUUCGGAUUGGGCACGCAAUCACGGCGACACGGAGGUCUUCUGUAAGGUAUGUUCCAAAUCCUUCUCGGUGGCGAAAGGAUUUCAAGCCCUGGAGCAGCAUUCAUUGACGGACAAACACAAGGACAACUGGACAGGACGGCAAGGGCCGUCACAAUUACGAUUGUGUUCCGAGAAGGACGUUAAAACGAACCAACCUCAGUUGUCAGGUAUCGGCACCGGUCCAAAAGUUCAGCUCUUCAGCCCACGUGAUUCAUCCGCUAAGGCUGAGCUUAUUUGGCUGCUCAAAUGCAUCGCUUCCGAUUUUCCGGCCGCAUCUUGCGACGGUAUAGCCGACAUAUUUGCAGCGAUGUUCCCAAAUAUCGAUGUCUCCGGAUUUUCGUUGAGUAGAACCAAGGCCCGAUAUCUUGCGACCGAAGCUUUGGCUCCAUAUUUUCGGGAAUCGUUGCUCAAUGACGCGAGGAAUUCAAUGUUUACCCUGUGCUACGAUGAGACCACCAACUCGGCUGGUAAGAAAGAGCUCCAGACAGCUGUUCGAUACUGGUCAUCGUCUAAAUCGAUGGUCAAGGUGAUGCAUCUUCAAACGUUUUUUAUUGGCUCGGCCAAAGCGGAGGAUAUCCUCGAAAAGUUGCUUGAAGCAAUGCAAAAUGCUUCCCUCCCACUGAAGAACUUGAUUAUGCUAGGGAGCGAUGGUCCCAACGUCAACAAAAAGGUGGAACGUCUAAUGAACGAGCGAAUAAUGCAGGAGCGUGGGAAAUCUCUUUUAUUGAUUGGAAGUUGCAACAUCCACAUUCUUCAUAACGCUUUCCUCAAAGGAAUCGAGGAGCUUGGUGAGGAUGCGUCGGAGCUGGUUUAUUCUGUGCACCAUUUUUUUCACGGAUGGCCUUCGAGAGAAGAAGAUAUGGAGAAAAUUCAAAUCAAUCUGGGACUCCCAACCAAACGAUUCAUAAAACAUGUUUCGUCCAGGUGGUUGACUCUGGAAGGAGCGGCAGAACGGCUUCUUGAACAAUGGACUGCUCUCAUCGAAUAUUUUUUGAACUUUAUUCCGAAGAAGCAUUCUGCUUUAUCGAAGAGCUCAGGGUAUUUGAAGAUUUACAGGCUUCUUACCAAAAAGACCAUAAAAGCCGAGGUGUUAUUUGUAUCAUCCAGUGCGCACAUCUUUACGAAGUUCACAGGUUUCCUUCAGAAAGAAGAGCCUCUGGUCCAUAUCAUGUACACCGAAAUCGAUAAACUGGCGCGAACUCUUAUCGGCAAACCGGAUGCAUGCUCUCCAAACACGACGCCCACCGAAGAUAUUUUCGAUAAACUGGAAAAUCUUUUGCCUGUUGAGCAGAUUAUUGUAGGAUCCGAUCUAUACGGAAAUAAAGUACACCAGAUCCCUAUCACCAAAGAAAUUCUCUCACUUGCCUACAAGGCCCACCAAAGUUACAAGGCAUACCUGGAAGAAGAAAAGAGGAAGAAAGAAAUAGAAAGUGCUCGUAAACAGAAGGAAGCAGAGAAGAUUGCCGAUGCAGAGAGAAGCAAGAAGGAAUUGAAAGGAUUGAAAUCUAAAAUCUUCCUAGAAGAGGAGGAUCUGAAAGCAACGCGAAAGGAAGAGGAAAAUAAGCAACGAACUGCAGAUAAGUUAUUCAAUGAAGCCAACUCGAGACUUAAGAAAGCCAUUGAAGCGAAGAAUAUGCAAGAGGUAGAACUUGCGCAAGUUAUGUUGGAAGGAGUAUCCACGAUUCGGAAAGAGCAAGCAUCUCAAAAACGAACGGCGGAUUCAUUACAGAAAAGUCUGGACAAGAAAAAAGAAAGUUUGAUUACAACCUUUUUUUCCAAAAAACCAAAAAAGUAAAACAUAAAAAG